AUGGAAAUCGCCAAUACCUAUUACAGCAAGGAUGAAUAUGUGGAGACGGCAUCGGGCAACAAAGUUAGCCGUCAAACAGUGCUAUGUGGCUCCCAAAAUAUCGUCCUCAAUGGCAAGGUAAUCGUACAAAGUGGUUCCAUUAUACGUGGCGAUUUGGCCAAUGUGCGGACGGGACGUUAUUGUGUUAUAAGCAAAAAUGCCGUCAUACGACCACCAUGUAAACAGUUUAGUAAGGGAAUUGCCUUCUUUCCCAUGCAUAUUGGUGAUCAUGUGUUUAUAGGGGAGGAUGCGGUGGUAUCUGCGGCCGUGAUAGGGUCAUUUGUCUAUAUUGGAAAGAAUGCCAUAAUUGGCCGCCGUUGUGUUCUCAAAGACUGCUGUAUUAUUGAGGAUGGUGCGGUGCUACCACCCGAAACCACUGUGGGCAGUUAUAUGCGUUUCACUGCCAAAGGCACCAUUGAGGGUGGUCAAGGCAAUCCGAAUUUUGUACCCACCGCCAUGCAAGAUCAAAUGAUAGACUAUACCAAAUCAUUCUAUGAACAUUUUGUGCGAACUCCCGUUGCAUGUUAACA